AUGCAUGUCGACAGCGCGACGUCGCCGGCAAAGGUCUUCAAGCUCGAUACCACUUGGCAUUCAUCUUCUACCCAGACAUUUGCUCGUAUCGUCCACUAUCUCCGCCAGCGGCUGGUCGGAAAGACCAUUGCCAACGCUGCGGCUAUCGACGACAAUAGUGUGUUUGGCAAGGUCGGGACCAGCGGCAAAGAAGUGGAAGCGGCUCUGAAAGGCAAAAAGGUCAUCUCUGCCGGCUCACAGGGAAAAUACUUUUGGAUAACGUUUGACAAACCACCUCAUCUGGUGAUGCAUUUCGGCAUGACCGGCUGGGUACACAUCAACGGCGAAAGGACAGCAUACGCAAACUACUACAAAAAGAUGAAAGAAAGCGACAUCGCCCAAUGGCCCCCCAAGUUCUGGAAAUUCCACCUCACCACAGACGACAAGAACGACCCCGUCCAAGUCGCCUUCACCGACGCCCGCCGAUUCGGCCGCGUGCGCCUCGUCGACUGCCCCGGCGACUCCAUCCGGCAACACUCCCCCCUCGUGGAGAACGGGCCCGACCCCGUCGUCGACAAGGACGUCUUCACAGAGCAGUACCUGCGCGACAAGAUGAAGGGCCGCCACGUCCCCGUCAAGGCCUUCCUGCUCGACCAGGCCAUGAUCAGCGGCAUCGGCAACUGGGUCGCCGACGAGACGCUCUACCAGGCCAAGCUCCAUCCGGAGCAGUACUCGGACACUUUUUCCGACGCCGAGAUCAAGAGGCUGCACGAGGCCAUCCGCUACGUCUGCCAGCUGGCCGUCGACAAGCUGGGCGACUCGGACCAGUUCCCCGACCACUGGCUCUUCAAGCACCGCUGGGGAAAGGGCGACAAGGGUGCGCCGACGGAGCUGCCCAACGGAGAGAAGAUCGCCUUCAUCACGGUCGGCGGGAGGACGAGCUGCUAUGCGCCGGGCGUGCAGAAGAAGACGGGGGCGGUUGUUUCCGGCGCGAAGGAGGAGCCUGUUGUUGACAAGGGCGGAGCCGGGAAGAAGAGCAAGGCCGUAAAGAAGGAGCCGAAAGAAGAGGAUGAUGAGGAAGAGGAAGAAGCGGUCGAGGAGAAGAAGCCCAAGAGAUCACGGAAGCAGGCGGCGGCACCGAUCAAGGAAGAGGCCGAGGAGCCGGAAGACAAACCAAAAGCUGCCCCUAAGAAAGAAGCAGUGGUUGAAGAAGGGCGUCGUCGGUCCACUAGGCUGAGGAAGUGA